AUGGUCAUUGCUGCAACGUCGAUAAAUGCCAACUACCUUACCGAUUCUCAAGUCCUUGCUGUCCAGCAUGUUGUUAUCAGGAUCGGAUUGGAGUUCCUUUUCUUUGGAAUACAUGCUCUACUUUUCAUUGUCUCAACAUGGCUGCUUUUCCGCAAAGGAAUUGGCUUAGUCCGUGCUAGAAUAUUUCUCCUUAUCCUCACGAGCGUCAUGUUUCUCGCUUCCCUUGGUGUUAUCAUUAUCGACAUGAUGAUUUGUCUGCGUCAAGCAAGCUCAUAUGGGCGAAACGCACCUAUGACGAGGAACCUUACUUUUGACCUUCGACUUGCUUCCGAAGUGCUGAUGAGGCUUAAUUUCCUUCUCGGGGACGUAAUUGUAGUGUGGAGAACCUGGGUAGUCUGGUCGCACAGCCUGAGAGUCUGGCUAUUGCUUGCGGUAUGCUUGUUGGGCACGAUAGGCACUAGCAUUGCAAACGCAACGAUGGCCAUAAUCGAUUUUGUGCGAAACACCCAAGGACCCAACACGCUCUCCCUUGUGCUAACGUUACCGCCGCUCAUCACGAACUCCAUGGCGACCUCUUUAAUCGCUCUUAAAGUAUGGAACUACUGGAAGCAGAUAAAACCAAUGUUUCAAACUACUACAACUACAACAUCCGGAAAGUUCUCCACUCGAACGGAACAGGUUCUUAUCUUACUCGUUGAAAGCGGAUUCCUCUAUUGCGCAGUCUGGCUGCUCAUCCUCAUCGCGGGCUUUGAUGUCAUGACUCCCGCUAACAACACGCUGAUUCGUGGUAUCGCUGUCAGCCUUACGGGCAUCUAUCCAACCUUUAUUGUGAUUAUGGUAUCAUUGGAUAAAUCACACGCCAACACUGUGUUCAGCUCAGGGGAUCGCACAACGGAAAUAUCUCAGCCGUUACAUUUCGCGAACUCUGAGACAAGUCAAUCGAAUGAAAGUGAAUCGCCGUUACCCGGAGAGAAUAAGGAUAAUCGCCAACAGGCGGGCCUUCAUUUAACGGCCCGUAUUGCGUAUAAUGGAGGGGAACCUCUACAUUGGGCUAGGUCAGCUAAGAGUCUCGAGCUGGAGAGGCAUCAAGGAUGA